CACUACCAUGCUCUUUAUCAGCAACUCCACCGUGCCUCUGUCGGUGGACUUCUCCAGUCCUGGAGACUACUUCAUCUUUCUGUACCAUAUCGUGUUCGCCACGUGCUCGGCGGUGCUCGCUGGCUCCGUGGUGCUGGGCAUCCUGAGCACGCGGGCCCUGCGCGCGCAGAACCGCUUCAUCUUCAUGCUGAACACGAGCCUCAGUGACACGCUGACGGGCCUGUCCGUCUACUACCUGGGCCUGUUCGACGUGCAGGAGGGCUACCCGUCCCGCAACGGCACCUACUACAUCCUGCCCUCCAUCAUGGGCGUGAACGUCAUGACGUUCCUGUUCGCGCAGUUCGACCGCUACUUGGCCGUGUGCCACCCGUUCUUCUACAACCGCUUCGUGUCGCGCGGCUUCGUGGUGGCGUGCUGCGUCUUCUGCUGGUUCUACACCUACCUGAUCCUGGCCGUGCAGAACGCGCUGCCCGUGGCGCAGGCCGUCAAGAUGAGCGCCUUCGGCAUCAUGACCCUGCAGAUCAUCGUGGUCAUCCAGGUGCUCAUGACCAUCAAGCUCUACGUUAUAGCCAAGCACCAGCUGGCGCGCGAGGCGCCCAGCCAGGAGCGCGAGAGCAAGAAGGAGUCCCUGCGCAUCAUCAUGUUCGUGGUCAUAUGCUUCCUCUCGCUGUGGGGCCCCUCGUUCGUCAACAUCAUGGUCCGCUACCUGAGCAGCGGCGGCCUGCGGUUCCGCAACGAGGCCACCAACGCCUUCGCCAUAAUGGCGCGCUUCAACGCGCUCAGCACGCCCGCGCUCUACAUCUGGGGCAGCCCGGCCCUGCGCAGCGCCGUGUGGGACAGGCUGUGGAGGAAGGGCUGCCGGACACGCCCGGACAGAGUGUUUUCCAGGAACGUGAAACCAGCGAAGGAAACAGUUUUUGCCUCACAGACAUCAAAGGACCUAUAAGGCUCUGGGAAUGAAAAUGCUUCAACCAAAUGCCAAAAAUGUUAACAUUUUGUCAAAGAGCUUUUCUAUAGAAAACUAACAUUAUGCAUUCUAUAAUAUGCAGUAUAUAUUGUGCUCAGUGGUCAUAUGUGGAUAAAAGGAGUUUGAAAGAAAAAAUAUAUACACAGGGAAAAGGCCAUUUAGUCAGUUUGCUGAAGAAUCAGCAGUUUAUCAUGUUUUUAAUGAUAAAUGUAUAAAUUAAAAAAUCAAAUAUGUAAAUACUUUGUUUUGUUCAUGUUCACCUGCCAAGACAGAUCUAUUUUAGUAAGUUGUACAAAAUCUAUAUAAUCAGUUCUGCUUUUAUUCAUGUAUUUACUUUUGUCCUGCUUUCAAAAAUUUGGUUAGGAACAGCACAUAUUUAUUUACACUUACAAAAAUUUAAACACAAUUGUCAAG